AUGGAUAAUGAUAUGUUACUUUUUGUACAAGGUGAUAUACAAUUGCAAGGUUUGAUUGCUCUUGUUAUUCUUAUUAAGAAUGAAGAUUUCUAUUUGAAUGUUGACGUGAUUCGGAAUCAUACUUCUCGUUCUAAUUGUGGUUGUAGUUCUAGUUCUGGUUCUAGUACUGCAGAUUCUUGUGUAACUGAUAGUCCUAAGAUGGUAAGGGUGGUAGAUCAUGAUGCAUACCAGGCCAAGCCUCUGAUUUGUAAUGAAUGGAUAUUUGUUUUUGACAAAAUUGGCAGAGAAUUUAUGGGUGGUGUUAAAGCUGUUAGAAUUGCAGUUGAUAAGUACAAGAUGGCUAGUGGUCACAAGAUUAUUAUUCUAAAAAAUGACAAGACUCGUUUUACUGCAAAGUGCGCUGAAAAUCAUUGUGGUUGGAGGAUUCACUUUAGGCCUGUCAAUGGUGACAUUUCUCGGUUCGUGCUGAAAGAUUCUAAUGUUAUUCACAGAUGCAGGGGUACUUUGAUGGUUGCAACAUAUGUCAAUGGAGACAAUGGUUUUAACCCAUUUGCUUUUGGUCUUGUUUCUUCUGAAAACAAAGACAAUUGGUUUUGGUUUCUGGAGAAUAUUAAACAAGUUGUUGAUGGUCGUCAGAUUGUUUUCCUUAGUGGUCGUCACGAAGGACUUUUGCAGGGAAUUCCAAGAGUGUUUCCUGAUUCAUAUCACAGCUAUUGCUUUUACCACAUCAAGUGCAAUCUUCCCAUUGGAUCGGGUGAUACGAAUUCAAAGGUUGUUAGUGAUUUGUUUUAUAAAGCGGCUUAUUCUUACACAACAUCUAACUUUAAAGAAGCUUUGAGGGGUAUGCAUGCAAUUGGAUGUGGACAUGUUGCUAACUAUAUCAGGAAUAUUCCAAAGCAGAAAUGGGAAAAUGUAUUUUUCCCUAUAUGCAAGUAUAGUGCUCACUCUUCAACUUUUUCUGAGUCGUUCAACAACUGGAUUCCUGAUUUCAAAAAUUUGCAAGUUUUUGCUCUUCUCGAUGCGAUACGUUUGAAGGUUAUGAAGAUGAAUUCUACGAGAAGGGUAGAAGGUCUAGAAACUUUCAAAACCAGGCUCACUCCCACAUUUGAGGCUUUACUAAAGGAAAAUAUCGACAUUGGUCGUACUUGGACUGUUACUGAGUCCAUGGAAAGAUUGUAUGAAGUCGCAUCACCCCCGACUCAUUCUGUAGAUCCAUUGCAGAAAACUUGUACAUGUCACAGGUGGCGAGUUAAUGGUUUUCCUUGUGCACAUGCUUGUAGUGCCAUUCAAGCUACGAGGGAGGACAUCUUUUCAUUUGUCGAGCCAUACUUCACCACUGAAUGGAUUAUUGUUCCUAUUCCUGUUCCUCCACCUGGUAGACAAAAAGCACAGCGUUUCAAGAAUGCUUGGGAGAAGCAAAAGAGACCUAUGAUGUGCACAAAGUUCUUCACCCAUGGUCACCAUAAUAGAGCUACUUUCCCCGUGCUUUGA